GGGCUUUUAAGGAUUUGUUUGGAUCGGUUUGCGAAGGAUUCGCAUUAUCUCAUUCUGAAGGACAUAUAGUAGUCUUCUUAUCUUGGAAAAGUAUGAAAUGUUGUUUCGGGAUAUGGAACUGAAAUGGGCAAAAAAAAAUAAAGGAUGUAUGCCAUUUGGGCUACAUUUCAACGUGUUCUAGUGACUGGCUCAUUCUAGAGUCUUCACCACCGCUCGUCUUUCUCCCCCCUUAAUUUUGAAGGAAAUGAGUGUUUGAUAUGAUAUGGGGACACUUUGUGUUGAUGCAAUCAUAUUUGCUGUUAUUACUUCAUCUUGGUGCUCGCAUAUCGAAGUGAUCAUCACAUUCACACGUCGGCUUGUUAGUUGUGUGUGUACGAAUUUGUAACACGAGAGAAAGUUGAUCAUGCAUUUUGGUUCACGCACAUGGAUCGAUGGAAAAGAAAAUGGUAUACUUUAAUUUCUAUCUAUGCUUAUGUGGAAAUUUAUCGCUGAGUAAUCUGGCAAGUCAACACAAGUCAUGCGACGGCAGAUUAUGGGUUCAUAUGGACCACAUCAAUUUUGAGGUUGAUUGUCGAUUAAUCUUUUGUCUUACCUUAACACCAAAACUUGUGCGUGCUUGUCGCCUCAAGUCUGAAAUUAUUGUUGAUCAGUACCGAGACCGUUUGCAUUUUACCUAACUGCUAUUUUAUUGUAUUGCAAUAUGAGAUUAAUAAAAUAAAAUAAGAAAGUCAAAUAAAAUAAAAACAGGUGAGUUUAAGAAAAGUCCAAUCUGAAGAGGUCGGAAAAAUAUGGCAUCCUUCUUUGCCAGGUCUGGGUUGACCCUUCUGAGGGGACAAUCCUUAACCCCAAUUUCAGUAAUUGACGCCUUGGAGGGGAAGAAGUAUAUUCUUGUCUACUUUUCGGCACAUUGGUGUUUACCAUGUCGUAUAUUCACCCCCAAACUGCGUUCCUUUUAUGAUAAGUACCACCGGGAAAAACAAUUUGAGGUUGUUUUCGUGUCUCUAGACAAAUCUGUGGAGGGGAUGCGGGCCUACAUGGAAACUUCCCAUGGCAACUGGCUGGCAUUGCCCUUCGACGAAGCUAAGGCUAUUGGGAAGGAAUGGAUGACGCAGUACGACUUCCAGACUAUCCCCACACUUUUGGUUUUCGAAAAUACACCGACUGCCACGGCUAAGGAUAGAAAGGGGUGGACGCUGCUGACGCGGUCCGGCCGUGAUCUACUGGAUGCAGAUCCAAGGGGUGAGGGGUUCCCUUGGCCAAACGGGGAUGCAGAGGUUCGGGAGUACUACCGCGUCUUGAAGCGGAAUGUAAUGCUUACGGUACUGUUUUUGAUUGUGCUAGGACUUUGGCUGUUUCGACUAUACAUGUAA